AUGGUUAUAUGCAAUCAACAAAUAAUUAUUAUUUUGUUUAUAAUUAUAAGUUUAAUUGUAUUCAUCUGUACCUUAUAUGAAAUUUCAUUAAAUAAUCAAAGAAAAUUAUUAAUAACUAUAGUUGAUUAUCGUUGGAAUCCAUUAGUAAAUGUACCUGUUCAAUUUGAAACAACAGAUGAAUACUAUGAAGAAUAUUAUACUGAUAAACAAGGUCAAAUACUAUUCUAUGCGAACAACAACCUUAAUGAUACAGAACUUAUACAUAUAUUAGUCGGUGGAAUCAAUGAAAAAAUUUCAUUAAUGGAUAAAGAAGUAACAGUAAGACUCAGUAUGAUUAAUCGAGAUACUGGUGAAUCAUAUAAUGAUGAUGAUACCUUUAGUUAA